GCAACACUGCCCGAGACACAGUGUAAAGAGGCAGCUGUGGUUACGCUCUACCACCAACAACUUAUUAUAUUAACACUUUAAGAUAAAUAAAAUUAACAAUACCAAAUAAGAAUAAGUAAAAAUAUACUAUAAAUAUAAUAAGACUAAAGAAGAAGAAGAGGCACAGGAACCAUCUUACAAGUCACAACAAGAAGACUGGACGAUCUGGACCACAAGUUACAACACAGAUAUGAACUGAAGAACAAAUGGCAGUGGGAAGAGAAGCAGUAGACUGUGAGAACACUAUGUUGGGUGCAGGUGUAAACAACAGUGGACAUAGACAAAGUAUUACCAACUGAACCAAAGAAUUACAAGUAGACAAGAAAUUAUUCUUCCUUGUGGAAAUAUGUUUUGAAAUAAUUCAAAACUUGUGUAUAGAUUCACCCCCUCAUAAGACUUUUGUCACAUGUAGUAAAAGUUUACCAGCCAUCACAAGUACAGUAGUAUAUCAGCCUGAGUAUUAUUGUUUACCAGCCAUCACAAGUACAGUAGUAUAUCAGCCUGAGUAUUAUUGUUUACUGUACAUCAGAGGAACUGUACAUAUAACAAUAGUGUACAGUAUAUAAUUUUUGUACACUUCCCUGUUGAGUGUUUUUAUAGUGUAUGUUGUAAGUCAUAAACAGUGUUUGUUAAUGACAAGUAUAGUUAUAUGUGUAACUCAUUCUUUACACCAUUUUUCACAUUUAGUUCAAAGAGGUAUAGAGGAACCUUGUUAAUAAUGGUGUAGUCACAUCACAAACUGGAUCUUCCAUCACACUUACCUCCUCACUGUCCUCCCAUCUCAGCAUCAUUACAUCAGUGUCAGUAAAUCACAUUCACUAAUUGAUUUAUGUUUCAGUUUUCAUGUCAAAUAUAAUUAACAGUAACAAGACAUUAAUAGUUCUUGUAGGAGGAAACAGUUUGCCAGUUAAGUGUCACUAAAACCUUUGAACACACAAUACACACAGUUUUAUAAUGGAAGGUCACUCAGAGGAACAGUCAGAGUCUCCCAGAGAAUUGUCUGUAAAAUCACAUCAAGUAACACAUGUGAAAGAUCAUACAGGAGAGAAGCCAUUUGAGUGUUCAGAAUGUUUUAAAAGGUUCUCAGUUAAAUCUUCUCUCAUAAAUCAUCUGAGAGUUCAUACAGAACAGAAAUCUAAUAAGUGUUCAGAAUGUUUUAAAGAAUUUAAAAGACAAAGUGAGUUAGUGAGACAUAUGAGAGCUCAUACAGGAGAGAAACCUUAUCAGUGUUCACAAUGUCCUAAAAGAUUCUCAUAUAAAAAUUCUCUCGUAAAUCAUCAGAGAGUUCAUACAGGAGAGAAACCUUACGAGUGUUCAGAAUGUUUUAAAAGGUUCACAGAUAACACUUCUCUAAUAAAACAUAAGAAAGUUCAUACAGGAGAGAAACCUUAUCAGUGUUCAGAAUGUUUUAAAAGGUUCACAGAUAACACUUCUCUCGUAGAUCAUCAGAAAUUUCAUACAGGAGAGAAACCUUAUGAGUGUCCUCAAUGUUCAAAACACUUUACUCACAAAUGUCAUUUAGAGAGACAUAUGAGAUCUCAUACAGGAGACAAACCUUUUGAGUGUUCAGAAUGUCUUAAAAGGUUCUCACGUAAAACUUCUCUCAAAACACAUGAGAGAGUUCAUACAGGAGAGAAACCUUAUCAGUGUUCAGAAUGUCUUAAAAGGUUCUCACGUAAAACUUCUCUCAAAACACAUCAAAGAGUUCAUACAGGAGAGAAACCCUUUGAGUGUUCAGAAUGUCUGAAAAGGUUCUCGUGUAAGAUUUCUCUCAUAAUUCAUAAGAGAGUUCAUACAGGAGAGAAACCUUAUCAGUGUUCAGAAUGUCUUAAAAGGUUCUCGGAUAAAACUUCUCUCAUAAAUCAUAAGAGAGUUCAUACAGGAGAGAAGCCUUAUCAGUGUUCAGAAUGUCUUAAAAGGUUCUCACAUAAAUCUUCUCUCAUAAUUCAUAAGAGAGUUCAUACAGGAGAGAAACCUUAUCAGUGUUCAGAAUGUCUUAAAAGGUUCUCAGAUAAAACGUCUCUCAUAAAUCAUAAGAGAGUUCAUACAGGAGAGAAGCCUUAUGAGUGUUCAGAAUGUCUUAAAAGGUUCUCGCAUAAAACUUCUCUCAUAAGUCAUAAGAAGGUUCAUACAGGAGAGAAACCAUUUCAGUGCUCAGAAUGUUUUAAAACCUUCUCGGAUAAAUCUUGUCUCAUAAAUCAUAAGAAAGUUCAUACAGGAGAGGAACCUUAUCAGUGUUCAGAAUGUUUUAAAAUAUACUCUGAUAAAUCUUCUCUCAUAAAUCAUAAGACAGUUCAUACAGGAGAGAAACCCUAUGAAUGUUCAGAUUGUCUAAGAAGGUUCUCACGUAAAACUUCUCUUAAAACCCAUCAAAAAAUUCAUACAGGAGAGAAACCUUAUCAGUGUUCAGAAUGUUUUAAAAUAUUCUCAGAUAAAACUUCUUUCAUAAAUCAUAAGAAAGUUCAUAUGGCAGAGAAACCUCAUCAGUGUUCAGGAUGUUUUAAGAGAUUCUCACGUAAAUCUUCUCUUAUCAUUCAUAAGAGAAUUCAUACAGGAGACAAAACUUAUCAGUGUUCAGAAUGUCAUCAAGGCUUUUCUAAAAGGUAUCUUCUAGUAAGACACAAGAAAGUUCACUUAGAAAAACCUUUCCACUGUGUAAGAUGCAUGAAAAACUUUAUAGAGAGAGAGAGUUUAAUAUUACAUGUAGAGAGAUGUUACCAGACUGACCAAGUGGUCAACUCUCAUCACUAUGAAGGUGAAAGUUGCCAGGAUUUGCACCAUGACUUGAGCUUGUCUAGCCAACCAACAGUGGAGAUGUGUGUUUCUGAAGGAGUGAAAAAGGAAACUAAUUAUGAUCCACUCUCAGUUUUUGUUAAGGAAGAAUUCUGAAAUUGUUUUUGUGGAAUACUUGUGUUAUUGAUAGUCAUUUUAAGACUCAACUUUGGUCACUCUAAAACCAAUCUAUACAAAAUGUGAUGUAUCAAUGCCAUGAGUGAGUGUUUCUUGCCAAGCAUGAGCCAAUCACAGUGGCCUAUGAGUGUGACAUCAUGGGCCUAAUUGUGCUGUUUGGCUGGAUGCUGAGUUCAUUCCCCACCAGUGCGGGUGCCUGGUUUUCAAACACAGUCCGGUUUGGCAUAGUGACGUAUAGACGUGUUUGGUCGCCAUCCCACAAUGCGGGAUAUAUAUAUAUAUAUAUGUGAGUAUCCUUCAGGUUUUAUCCGUUUCAUGAAAUGUGUUGUGAUUCAUGUGACCCCUGUUUAACUAGCUAGGAAGAUAGGUAUUUUGUUUUGAAGUGUGUUACGAGUUGGGGAUUUAUAAUAUAGUUAAACGUCUACCCAGAUCCCAACAGGUAACAACACAAAAAAACAAAGACAAUCGGACUAUAAAAGGGUAGACAAAGGA